CUGUUAGCAGUUAGCUCCUGUGUGAUCAUCUGGGAUCCUGUUCAUUCUUGGCGGCGCCCUGCAGAAAAGAAAAAAAACCGACACUGUACCGCGUAUAAUAUUUGCAGCAGACACGGAUUAGGUUUUAGGUUGUGAGCCGUGGUAGCUUUCAGGCUGAUAGACAGGAACAGUUAGUGAAAUAGAGACCCGGCCUCUCUCUCUGGACAUGGCAUUGUGGCCAUUGGCGUUAAUGCUAACUUAGCUGGUUAGCUCGUCGGGCUAGGUAGCUUGGCUUUUGGCUGUAGCUGAAUCGACCAGCUUAGCGAUAAGCACAGCAUAUCGCUAGCUUACAGCAGUUAGCUACGCUGUGUUAGCUAGCAGGUAGACUCGCGUUAAGAGAAUCACUUAACAGCUGCGUCGCUGGAUUAACGUCACCUACGUUAGACUUGAGGCGAACAUUCAUUUUGUGCUCGAAGUAACCAGCUCUCCAGUUUGGCUAACGUUAGCUAAUUUAACGCGCUAACAUGCAGUAGUAGCUGAGUAGUGUUUCAGUCGCCAGCCACUGCUGCCUUGCACCAGCAGACUAACGGGUCGGUAGCUAGCAGUUACCGGGCAUUGUGCGGUAUGUAGCCAUGGCAUGCUAACCAUCCAUCAGGAAAGUUGGUGAUUGGUCAUAACGUUACAGGCAACGUUUGCACAAACCAGUUCUGACUGAGCAUAUAGUAAUGAUACGAAGAAUUGUGGAGAUACAGUUGUUAUGAUUAACUGCCAGUGUUAAGCUGCUUCAGCGCCAUAGUCAUACAGACGACGGGGCCUUGCAGGUUGCUGUGUGUUACCUACAUCGCGUAUGCUAGUUUGUCUCACGUCAUCUCAGUUGCCUGAUUAAUGAUGUUUCUUCCAAACAUGUGAAGUUAUUACAUUUUGGGGAGCAGCAAUGUAACACAACUGAGCUGGUCAACCAUUUUGAGUUCAUGAAUUGGUGACAGGCAGCGUCAGCUAGCGAAAUGAACAACUCAGGAGUCAUGCCACAAGAAAAGAUGGAGUUGGAUCUGGAAAUCCCAUCUUCGUUAGUCCAGACGGAUGGACACUUGAGGAGAUCCAACAGUGCACCCAUGAUAAAUGGCUUAAGUGAUAACUCCCAAGUGUUCCAGAGAGAGGUCCUGCGUAGCCGGAGAAAUAGCACUACAGUUGUUAACAGGCCCAACAUGGUCCCUUCAUCGCCCAUUCGUGUUCCCAGCACCAGACUCCAUCAGAUUAAACAAGAAGAGGGUGUAGACGUGAUGAACAGAGAAACUGCUCAUGAACGGGAAGUUCAAACUGCCAUGCAGAUGAGCCAGUCGUGGGAAGAAAGCCUUAGUCUGAGUGACAAUGAUUUGGAGAAGUCAGCAUCUUCCUCUCCAAAGCGCAUCGACUUUGUGCCUGUGUCGCCUGCUCCGUCCCCAACCAGAGGGAUAGGAAAAAAGCAGUGUUUCUCUCCUUCACUACAAAUCCUUGUGAGCAGCAAUGGCCUAACACCCAGCCCAAUACCCAGCCCAACGCGACGCUUCAGCCGACGGAGUCAAAGCCCAAUCAACUGCAUCAGAGCCAGCAUACUAGGGCCAAUAAAACGCAAAGGGGAGAUGGAGACAGAGAGCCAACCCAAGAGGCUCUUCCAGGGCACCACCACCAUGCUGUCCUCUGACGUCUCCAAUCUGUCAGAUAUCAGUUCCUGUCACUCUCCAGAUUUACUGGAUGGUAGUCUCAGCAGCGUCAGCUCCUCCACUGACUCCCCAGGCAAAAUGGAGGGGGUGUCGCCCUCCUCGUCCAGCAACUCACCAUUUGCCUCCCUCCAGGACUUGUCCCCAAAAUGAAAAUGGGAUAACAAGAGACACUAAAAAAACCCCCAAAAAAAACAAAACAAAAAAAGGACUGGCACAAGGAAAAAAAAGUCCUCUCUCCAGGGAACCAGUUUCCUUCUCAGACCCUCCAACACCAUUGCCUAGAUUUAGUUUAAUUUUCCGUGUUUGCUUCUGAACGGCUGUUGUCAUGGCUACACUUUGGAGGGUCUAGAUGUGUUUGAAAUUAAGGGAACGAAAGCCAUGGAUGAGGUUUUGUGUUUAAGAGGUAAACCUAGUGAAACUGGGAAUGACUGAAGACACUGUGAGCACCAGCUGCUAGUAGAGGAUCUUGGAUGGUGCUUGGCUUCACAGUGAUAAUAUGUUUAUAAGUGACUAUCCUGCAAAUCUGUCCUACCAGUUCCCCUCACUGGCAAGAGACAUUGAGCACU